GGCGGUGACGGCACACGGCAGAUUCACAGGCCUCCUCCUUCUCCCUCCUCUCCGUUCGAGAUCCGACCGCCGACUACUCCGAGCCCCGCCGGCGCGCCGACAAGGGAAGGGGGGAAAUGGGGUGGGGCAUGGUGGUCUACGAGGGCGCGGUGGUGGUGUCCUCGCUGGCGGGGCUGGGCUGGGCGGGGCUGUGGUUCCUGAACCGGCGGCUGUACAAGGAGUACGAGGAGCGGCGGGCGCUGGUGCAGAUCCUCUUCGGCCUCGUCUUCGCCUUCUCCUGCAACCUCUUCCAGCUCGUCCUCUUCGAGAUCCUCCCCGUCCUCUCCAAGGACGCGCGAUUCCUCAACUGGCACCUCGACCUCUUCUGCCUCAUCCUCCUCCUCGUCUUCGUCCUACCCUACUACCACUGCUACCUCCUGCUCCGCAACUCAGGGGUAAGAAGGCAGAGGUCGUUCCUCGCCGCCGCGCUAUUCCUGACCAUCUUCCUGUACGGCUUCUGGCGCAUGGGGAUUCACUUCCCCAUGCCUUCUCCAGAGAAAGGCUUUUUUACGAUGCCGCAGUUGGUUAGUAGGAUUGGCGUGAUCGGAGUGACUGUCAUGGCUGUUCUUUCGGGUUUUGGUGCGGUCAAUCUGCCGUACAGCUACCUGUCGCUCUUUAUCAGGGAAAUCGACGAAACAGACAUCAAAGCUUUGGAACGGCAGCUGACGCAAUCCAUGGAGUCAUGCAUUGCUAAGAAAAAGAAAAUUAUUCUGUCCAAAAUGGAGAUGGAGAGGAUUCAAGGAUCGGAGGAGAAGCUUAAAGCCAGAUCAUUUCUAAAGCGUAUUGUUGGAACAGUUGUUCGAUCUGUGCAAGAAGAUCAAACUGAGCAGGAUAUAAAAAACCUAGAAGCAGAGGUCCAGGGAUUAGAAGAGCUUUCCAAACAGCUAUUCCUUGAGAUAUAUGAGCUCCGCCAAGCUAAGAUAGCUGCUGCGUAUUCUCGAACUUGGAGAGGACAUUUUCAGAAUCUUCUAGGAUAUGCUUUAUCAGUAUAUUGUGUUUAUAAGAUGCUCAAGGGCUUGCAGAGUGUAGUUUUUAAAGCGGAUGGCUCUGUUGAUCCAGUGACCAUGACAAUUACCAUUUUCUUGAGGCAUUUUGAUAUCGGUAUCGAUGUCGCACUGUUAUCACAGUACGUAUCUUUGAUGUUCAUCGGGAUGUUGGUUGGCAUAUCUAUUCGAGGUUUCCUGGCAAAUGUUAUGAAGUUCUUCUUUGCUGUUUCUAGAGUUGGGACUGGAUCAACAACCAAUGUUGUCCUCUUCUUAUCUGAGAUCAUGGGCAUGUACUUCAUAUCAUCUAUUCUUCUUAUAAGGAAAAGCCUGGCAAAUGAGUACAGGGUGAUCAUCACAGACGUUCUGGGUGACAUUCAGUUUGACUUCUACCACCGUUGGUUCGACGCGAUAUUUGUGGCGAGUGCCUUCCUGUCCUUGCUUUUGAUAUCAGCCCAAUACACCUCCCGGCAAGCAGACAAGCAUCCGAUUGAUUGAUGCAUCUUGUCCCACUUGUGCAUAGUGCUCUUUUUUAACCACGAUUGGUCCAAAGGUUGACCCAUUCUUUUUGAAGGCAUAGCUCCCGAAGGGGUCGUUUGUUAGGAGACCUCCAAACACACACAGUAACGGAAUAUAUUAGUACAUGAGUUAACUCGAAGGCGUCUCUUUGCUGUAAAGUACGUUUGCAAGUUGGGGUUGAAUCAUGGCCAACAGUUCCUCCACAUCCAAGCCAUCAGUGCUGGCCCUGCAGCAAUCAGAAAAGAUUUGCGUGGUGAUGCUGCAAUGCUUUUGCGAAGACAUGCGAGGACGCCGACUCUUAAUUAGGAAUGCUGUACCAUUGUGUAAAAUAGCAUUUGAAAUACUAGCGUGUACUUCGCACAAUUCUUUGCGCUAUUGUACGAUAUAUACUUACCACAUCUAUCAAGAAGAUUAUUAUUUAUUACUCA